GAGGAAUCAAUACCACGACUGGUGAUAAGAAUUUAUUUACCCCUUCCUUCUCGGUGCCCUUCCCAUACAGUCGACCGAAGGCAUUCAGUACACCGUACGAUGGGCUCAAUAGGGCUUGAAAGCUUGCAAGUGGACACUACAUCACUAUUCUCAAAACGUAUACAGAAAUGGGAGCCUGGAGCUAUCCGCAGUCUCCUUCCUCUAGAGUCACUACCGGGAAUGAUAUCCCUCGUUGCUGGAAAGCCCAACCCAGGGACAUUUCCAUUUGCUGAAAUCGCUAUUACCCUGAAAGGCCCCGCAGGAACGAAGAUCGUGCUUGACGAAGCCGAUCUCAACGUUGGCUUACAGUAUGGACUUCCCGCAGGAAAUGGUGAGCUUAUCAAGUGGUUUGAGAGCCUACAGCGGCUAGUUCAUGGUGUCGGCGCAUACAGUGGCUGGGGGUGCUGUAUUGGCAACGGGAGUCAAGAGCUUAUCAGUCGAGCUCUCCAGGUUUUCACCGACCCCGGAGAUCCAAUUUUAGUUGAAACACCGGCAUAUCCAGGAAUCCUCGGAAUUGCACGAGCAGAUGAACAAGAACUUAUAGAAGUUCAUUCGGAUGCUCAAGGAUUGGAUCCAAUUAGACUGGAGCAAACCUUGGUGCAAUGGCCAUCUUAUCGCCGGCGGCCCAAGGUUCUCUAUACAACGCCGACAGGGUCGAAUCCAACCGGCCAGUCAUGCACCGAGCUACGCAAACUGCAAAUACUCCGACUCGCCAAACGGUUCAACUUCAUGAUCUUGGAGGACGACGCAUAUUACUUUAUCGACUUUGAAACGGCAUCCAAGAGAGCCAGGAGCUAUCUUGCACUCGAGACAGAGGCAAACGGAGAGACAGGACGUGUAAUCCGAUUCGACUCGCUGAGCAAGAUCGUCAGUUCAGGUAUGCGUGUCGGUGUCCUUACGGCUCCAGUCGCUGUAAUUCAUAGCGUCUGCCAAAUUACAGAAAACAUCAAUCUUCAACCUUCAUCGACCACGCAGCUUCUAGCCCUUUCACUGCUUCGACAUUGGGGCCAUUCAGGAUUUCUUGAACACUGUGCCGGGGUAGCAGAUAUCUACCGACGCAGAAGGGAUCUCUUCAUUGCCGCAGCGGAGCGCCAUCUCAUAGGAAGAGCUACAUGGGAUGUCCCAACCGCUGGGAUGUUCCUCUGGCUGACUCUGCGCCUUCCGGCAGGGCGAGACAGCUCCGAACUACUGGGUAAGCAGGAAAUGGGGAACGGAAUCCUGGCAAUUCCCGGCGUCGCCUUUAUGCCAGGCAAUGAGAAGGUUUGUCACAUUCGCGCCAGCUACAGUCUGAUUCCAGAAGAGGACAUGGACGAGGCAUGUGCCCGUAUUGCUACACUCGUGGAUGGAAUGAGGGCUUGAAUAUCUUUCUUAAAUAGGUAUUAUCUAAUAGGAUACUUCAUGAACUGAGU